UACUGACAAGUGCUUUGGCAGAAUCCUUUCUUGUUCCCUUUAGCCAAUCAGAUUGCACCUUUUAGCCAUGCGCUUACUUCCUUCGCAACCAUCAGUCCGUCCGGCAGGCCAACCAUCUUGCCUGCGAUUUUAGGAGCUGGAUUUUCCAGCUCCAGAUUGGCCACGGCAUACAUCUUACGAGAUGUCGCACCAAGAGGGCAGCGCAGAUGGCUUACAAGACUCAGGGAUUGAAACCCUGUUCAGCAGCCCAGGGGAGCAGUCUGGAGCGGCAGCAGCCAUGGAGGCCUCCUCAGACAUUGAUACAGCGACCUUAGAUAUGAGUAUGAGAAUGACUGGAGAUGGCAGUGAUACCAGUGAUGGUGGUUUCCCAAAGGGUUCCAGCACAGAAAAUCGAAGCGCUGACCAAGAAAGUUCAAGUGAAGACGUCGAACUUGAGAACAUGGAGGACUCUGAGCGUUUCCUCACGCCUGAUGUAAGACUAUUCUAUUACAAUUUACUAAGAGAGGACGAGGUAGUAGAGGAGGAAGAGGAUGAAGAACAGGCUCAGAUGUGUCCACGAUGCGGUGGUACCGACCAUGAGCAGUGUUUGUUAGAGGAUAGGGCGCUGGAGGAGUGGACUUCCUCAGAGACAUCUGCCCUGCCGCCACCUCGCUGGCAGGCCGUUACUGCUCUUCGCCAACGGCAGCUGGGUUCAAGUACCCGCUUUGUCUAUGAGGCCUGUGGGGCAAGAGCCUUUGUGCAGCGUUUCUGCCUGCAGUAUCGUCUUGAAGGACAUACGGGUUGUGUGAAUACUGUACACUUUAACCAGCAUGGCACCCGGCUGGCCAGUAGUGGUGAUGACCUAAGGGUGAGAGUGUGGGACUGGGUGCGGCAGAAGCCAGUAUUGGACUUUGACAGUGGUCACAUUAGUAAUGUCUUACAGGCCAAGUUCCUUCCUAACAGUGCUGACUCCACCCUGGCCAUGUGUGCCCGCGAUGGGCAGGUACGGGUAGCAGAACUAAUGAAUGCAUCAUGUUUCGAGAGUACUAAGUGUGUGGCCCAGCACAAGGGAGCUGCCCACAAGUUGGCUCUGCAGCCAGACUCUCCUUAUAAGUUCCUCACUUCAGGUGAAGAUGCGGUUGUCUUCACCAUUGACCUCAGACAACACCAGCCAGCUUCAAAAAUUGUGAUAACAAGAGAAAAGGGGAAGAGAGUGGGACUAUAUACAAUUUCUGUGAAUCCCGCUAAUACCUACCAAUUUGCAGCGGCUGGACAAGAUCAGUUUGUCAGGAUUUAUGACCAGAGGAGAAUUGACAAGAAAGAAAACCACGGUGUACUCAAGAAAUUCACUCCUCAUCACCUGGUUAAUUGUGAUUUCCCAACAAGCAUCACCUGCACUGUGUACAGCCACGAUGGCACGGAGCUCUUGGCCAGCUACAGUGAUGAAGAUAUCUACCUCUUCAACUCCUCUCACGGUGAUGGUGCUCAGUAUGCAAAGAGAUUUAAGGGACACAGAAAUAAUACCACAGUCAAAGGUGUUAAUUUCUAUGGCCCCAGGAGUGAGUUUGUCGUGAGCGGUAGUGAUUGUGGGCACAUCUUUUUCUGGGAAAAAUCAUCUUGCCAGAUCAUCCAGUUGUUGAAGGAUGACCCAGAAGGUACAAUAAACUGUCUUGAACCCCACCCUUACCUACCUAUGUUGGCAACCAGCGGCCUAGAUCAUGAUGUCAAGAUCUGGACACCCACAGCUGAAGCUGCCACUGAACUUACUGAUUUAAAAGACGUGAUGAAGAAGAACAAGUGGGAACGAGAUCAAGAAAAUUUGUACCAUGCCACCUUGUUUGUCCAGUACAUGCUUUGGUUCCUCAGGGGCCAGCUGUCACAGAGAGAUCAUCACCAGGGCUGGGGAGCCAGAUUCCCAGGAGAAGAAUCGGAUGAGUCUUCCAGCACCUCACAUACAUCCGAGGAGGAAGGCCAAGACUGAGUGCCAUGUAUACCAUCCCAAAGGCCUCACACCCAGUCAAGCUAGAUGCCACUUAAGUAUGCUGGAUUUUACAAUGCAGUUUGACUAAUUUAGAAUUGUCAAUAGAUUAAUAGAUUUGCUUUUUGUCUUCUGCUUUCCACAAUUUCUACUGAAAACCAUCUCUUCCAUUCUUUCCUCUCUCCUUUCUUCCUUUCACACAUUCCUUCUUUCUCAUUUCUUUCCUCAUGGUUUCCUUAUGCCUCUUUUGUUACCCCUUAUUCUUACGUGAGUGCAUACACAACUUACUUAUCCCUCAUUUCCUUUGUAUCCUAAUAGUUGACCUCUAAAAUUUCCUAAUUUUGUUUAAAGAAAUUAAUAGCCUCAUUAGAUGCAUCUACUCAAUUCUGACAUUCUGCAAAUGAUGACCGUUUUAUAUUUUUUCAACUUUAACAAUUUUUUCUGAAGAUCAAAUUCUUCAGUUGACCUGAAAAUUUCAAAAAUAUGUUUCUUCUUUAGAAGUAAAAUAAGACAAACUAUAGUUUUGCUCUGUUGAUACUGACACUUGGCCACACACACACAGUCUGAGAGAGGGAAAAGAUGAGUAGUGUGUAAAUUAAUUUCUAAUCAGAUAAUUCAUCCCCUCAGAAUAAACAAUGUGAGAUUAUCUACAUUUUCUGAAUCCAUAUGUUAACAAUUUUGAAAAAUUUGAGUACAACGUAGCUGGUAAGAACUAAAUUAAGUCUGAUCACAUGACAUCAUUUUCUCUGUGCAUUAAGUGUUCUUGAAGUGUUAAGGUUGGGAACUCCCAAAGGGUGACCUUCCAGGAAGUCCUCCUGGAACAGCCAUUUCCUAUAAGUGCCAGCUACUGGUAUAAAAAUCUCUCAUAUUUGAAAAUACAUUUUAAUUAACUUUUAAGAACAAGUUGCUGUAAAAAUUGUUUAUGCUGUCACAUAACCAUUUGGUGUAGUUGGUAGAAAAAUCCUAUUUGACAUGCUCACAUUGCUUAAACUUCUCUUUGCUGCUUAAAUUGCUUUAAAAAUUCUUUUAAGCCUUAUUUAAUAUAUAUUAAAUAAGGAUACUGGAUGUCCAAUUACUGACCAAUAA